UCUGUAGAAGUGAAGUGGGCUUUACCCACGUGAUUUUUAUACCCGUGCACAUCUUUGUAAUAAGAAAUCACAAAAUCAGCCUGACAGGCAUAAAAGCCAAAUUCUCAAAGCUACUAGUGUACUAGUACUUGGACUAGAAGUCCAAGUAGUUGUCUAAAAGCUCUUUUAAAUUCCUGUAGUUUGAGUAAUUCCUCUGUGUUUGACACAUCCAGAGUUCAUACUGGAUUCUAAUUGUGCUCUGCUACAAUGACUGCUACUUGUUCGAGUUCCCUACCACUUUUACAGACAUACUUUGAAGUAUUUUUCUCCCCUGUAGAGUUUUGUGAACUUGAACAAAUAUCUUUGUUAGUCAUGGGCCUAAAUAACACCAACACACAUCGGUAUAUAUACCAUGCCUACACAUACCAUUGCAAGCAAAUACUGUGAAAAAUUAGAACAUGGGCUUCAGAAAACUUUAAUCGAGAUUUAUUAAACCAUUCCUACAUGACAAUGACAGCAAAAUCAUCAUGUCUGACAGCUCUAGAAAAAACUCUGAAGUCAAUAUCAACUAUGUAGUUUUUGAGAAUCUUGCAGCUCAUGAAGCUGCUUUUCAAGCACCUUUUCCAUCCCUUCAUCAGUCAAUGCUCCCUGCACCAUUUUUCUCAUGUAGGCAAGAAAGAAUAAACAGAAUUGAACAGUUGUGAAACAUAAUUAUGCUAUUUUCAUUCUGCUAAUUAACAAUAAAGUAACAAAUUAUGAAUGUGAUUAUAUGAACAUAGGAGGAAAAUAGUGGACUUUAUCUAGAAGGUCUGUUCCAGGCCCAGAUCCUAUUUUCUGAGCAGGACAAUACUGUAAUGGUGGCUGUUGCCAUGUACACAGAUUUGGGACAACUGAGAAUUAAACCAGUAAGUAACUGCCUUUGAUACACUGCUGCAGUGUCCAAAUACCAGUCAAACCUUUUACUAGCUUUAGCUACUUGCUAGUACCUUUAGCUAAGGUACAGUACCAAGUAUAUGCUAAUAAUUAGAGAAUAAGAAUACUAGUAGUAAAUAGUGUAUAAGUAAUUAAUUCAUACAGCUUAGGUCAGUAGAGCUUUGAUAGACUAAACAGAAGUUACAGGAUACCAAAAGAUCAAAUCGGUGAGACAGAGGAGUCAGGGUUUUUCCCAAGACAGAAUGCAUGAAGAAACACUUUCAGUGCCAGGCAGCCAAUAACUAUAAUGUGUCCCAUAUUUAGAUUAAGAUACAUGAUCAGUAUUAUAUAAAUUAAGGCUUUUUGUUUGAUUAAGAUAAUAAUUUUAAGAGUUCUGGCAUUGUGAUUACAUUCCUUUACCCUUGAAUCAAUGUACAUGUAAGUCUUACAUGUAUAAAUUCAAACUCUUCUUCAGACUAGUUUUAUUCUGUAUUUGCAUCUAAUCAUUUGCAUGUAUUUAGUAUUACAGUAUGAAAUCACUACAGGGCAUCUAUUUGCCAUGUUAUAUCUUCAUGUCAUUAACUGAACAAUUGAACUACUGUACUUGUUACUGGGAAUGCCUAUGCUCUCUGAAUACGUUGCCUGAACCCUCAUAGUCCACAGAUGGUAUUAGGGGCCAGCAACAGAUACAGACCUUCCAAUAACCAAGGGAAUUAAUUUAGACCUGCUUUUGUGCAUCUCUGCAUGGCACAGUCUUGCACCACAUAAACAGAACCUCAUUGUCAACAUAUUAAGACAGAACACUGAAAGUUUGCAUCUGAAAAUUACUCUGGCAGCCAUAACAAUUAAAAAAGUAUUUGAAACCGAAAAGUUUAUGGCUUUUGUCUAUAUCUGGAGUUUAUGGACAGUGGCAGCCCAGUGACAAAGUAGUCUCUGAAUUAAUAGGCACAUUUCCAUCAGACAUCAGUAAGAACAGUAUUGACUUCUACAUGUAGCGAACUCUGCAACCAUUAUCUUUUUAGAAACUAUUACUUAAAGGCUAAGGUGGUCAAUUUUGUUAGGAAGCACUAUUAGAAGUUUUAAACAUGCAUAAUGUUUUUCAGAAAAAUACAAACAAUGUUAAUAACUUGAUUUCAAGUACUGAAUACAGAAGUUUUACUUAUGUGACUAACAGCAACACUUUUAUAAAUAACUUCUCUAUUAAAGCAUCCUUCCAUGAAGCCUCAGGCAUUCCAAACUUGCACAUAAAUUCCAGUUAUCAUGUUCUGGAAAGCAUAUGUGAUCGUAGCAAUGGAGAUAUAUAUAUGUGUGCAUGUAUAUAUAUGUUAGGAUAGAUACAAACCGUUGUGGAAGUGCACAUACAACAUUUUGAAACAUUGGGAUGUAAAUUUGUAAGACUAGAGUAACAGGAUCGUUUAACAUAUAUCAUGGUUUGGGUUGGAAGGGACCUUAAAUAUGAUCUAGUUCCAACUCCCUGCCAUGGGCAGGGACAUAAUGUUGUUUACAUACUCAUAAAGCACUGCAGCAGACAAGAAUUUCUUUUCUGGCUGUCAAUCAGACUUGGAAGCUUAACUGCAAGAAUACUCCAGCACACAGAAUGGCCAGAGAAUGCUGAAAUAAAUGAAACAGAUUGUGCUGAUAGGAAGGUAAGACAGAGCAUUUAUACAUCUGUUGGAACUCUUCUCCACCAGGCCUAUCACAUCUGUGAUACUGGUGGUCUUUGUUCUCCAGGGUAGUAUUUAGCUGUCAAGUCAGACUGAAGCUGGAUUUGAAUGAGCUAGGCCAUCCAUAUGAUGCAGUCUGCUGAGACAAGUUUGCCAUAGGCUGCAUGCAGGCUGUUUUGCUUUCUUCCCUGAUAUUUACUAUUCUGUAACAUUGUGUCAUUUAUAUUACACAUAAUACUAGAAAGACUAAAGAAUUCAAAUCUCUUGUUUCCCAGGCAGUAGUCUAACCAUUCAAGGUAAUCAUUAGCUUCAAAUCAAAAAUAGUCUGAACUGUUUAAAUACAGGGUCAAGCUUGUAUUAUUUACUGGAAGAAUAAAAAAUCUCCCAAAAUUCUGCUCCUGAACUUGUUAACGUCACUGGGAUGUUGCCAGUGCCAUCAGCAAGAUUAAUAGUAUGAGUCAGAGAAGCAAGUCAAAUGCCUGAAUGCUUUAGACAGCACAGAGUAUUUGAAACAUCUGCACAGGGCUUGCAGCUACUGGACCUACAGAAGACCUGCCCUUGUGGAGCAGUAGCUGGAAUGCAGGUGGGAUAUCCUGCUGAUCUUUCCUCGGGGUUCUGAUAAACACUGAUAAAAUAUUUCCGGUAACAAGAAGAAAAAAGGAAAUACGCAUUGAUCUACUAUAUUUUGCAUUUAGUUCACUUCUUCCCAAGUGAAAUUUACUUUCAACCUGAAAAGCAAGUUAAUUUUACUAGCUUUUAUGUAGCAUUAGUAUAACACUGGCAAUUUUAAGUUUGUCCCACGUAAUUCUUUUAUUUUUUGAUGGGUUCUGUAAGUAUGUGUAUGCAGAACUGUACAAACUUGUGAUAUGGAAAAUAAUUCUGCUUUCUUGGGGGGUUGGACCAGAUGACCUCCAGAGAUCCCUUCCAACAUGAAACAGUUGAUUCUAUAAAAUGAAGAUGCAGUUUUUAAAAAUACCUUUUGUGAAAAAGCCAUACAGUACAGAACCUUUGAAAGUAUUUUAACUGCAUAAGAUAGUAAACGAACGAACUGUGCAAGUACCAUACUGUAAUGGUGUAUAUCGUAUCCAUUUCUUAGAAAAAAUGGUGACUGCAAUCUUACUAUUUUAUUUUUCCUGCUCAAUCUUUUUCUUUUUACACUAAAUAUACUGCAAAAAUGCAAGCCUUGCCAGGGAGAUGCAUUGAAACACACUCAGCAUUAAAUAAGGGCCAAGAAGACUGCAAAGUUUAAGUUAUCUAUGUGAAAAUAGAUUUUACUUAAAAUAUUUGGGACACUGCAUGAAGCAAAAAUCUUACUAGUAGAUUCAGAAAUAUUAUUAUUAUUAUUGUUGUUGAAAUUAUAGUCAUUAUUCUGAAUAUCCCAAAGGAUAAGUGAUCAUUCAUUUAUGCACAGCAACCCAGGAACAGGAUUAAACAGGUGAUAGGUUAUGUAUUCAGGAAAAGGACAACACCAAACCAGUGCAAAAUAUGGUGUCAGUUCAGUCUGAAUACAAAAAUACUAAUUUUCUGUCCAAGUUCCUUUAAACUUGGUGUGGAUUUUAAAUGCCAAUUGCAAAUGCAAGAAAGAAAAAGAGAUGAAUUUUACUGAAGUUUAAACAGUCUCUAUUUAGGCAUCCAGACCAAGUCCAUAGCUACCAGUUAACUCAUGAAGGCAAGCACCGCAAAAGCCCAAAACAAACCUCAACCCAUGUAAGUCACACCUUUGUGUUGGAAAGAAUCAAAAUAUCUUCUAAAGGUCUCCCCUCUCACCAUACUUUAGAUUACUAAAUUUGCUUGUUCUAUCAUGUUAUUUGGAAUAGCUGAUAAUUUUAUAAUGGAAGUUGACUUUAUCUCACCUUUCACAAUUCUGAAGUGGCAGCUUUACCGUUCUCAUUGAAAACUCAGAACUUUAACACAAAAUGCAACAAACACUGAUCUGUGUACCAGUUUUUCCUUCGCCAGUACAUUUCCUUUAUGUUUUUUAAUACCCUAGAGAUAUUUUUAGAAGCUAAAAAUAAGUGAUUAAACACAUCUCUGUUGUCAGUUUUAUACUUUUAAAAUGUCUGUCUUAUUUGAGGUUUCUGUUUUUUUAAAGCUACCUAGCUGAAAUGGAAGCCACCCACACAUUUUUUUUUUCUCUGAAAAUUAGGUAUUUGCAAUAUAAUACUUGUGCUGUAGCCCCAUUCCUCCAUCAUACACACCACAUCUAGUUUCAGUGGUCUGAACAAGCAAAGGCAUGCACGUAAUUAAUUCCAUGAGGGGCAGCUUAUUCAUAUAUUUGCAGACACAACUCUUGUUCUUUGUAUAUCAGUUGCACAUAAUUUACAGUGACUAUUUCUGCUAACUCAAGUGCUCUCUGUAAAUUAAAUUCUAAAUAAAGCUCCAAGUUUUCAGACAUAUUUUUGUUGUAGCUUGAUCAAACAUUUUCUAUUGUUCUACAUGCCCAUAAGUGCACACACGCAUACACAAACAAUGGAAAUGCCUUUUUCUGGUUUUCAGCUUGUGCUAUGCAGUAAAACGGUUAUAAAAAUAACAACAUGGCAACAGUUGCUUGCACAUGUGGAUGUCAUAAAACAUUCUGUGUUACUUUACAAUCAAACGCGCUGUUGCAGCGACAGGCCUGUUCCAGAAGUGGGCACGGAAGGCAUUUUCUCUGGCACCAAGCAGUUACACAAAGAGAAAGGGAGUUGGCACUUCAUCUUUAUCACUACCAAAGGUCUGGUGUCAUGCAGUCCAUAGCUUUUGGGAAGAGAGUAGAUACACCCCUGGAGACUACAGCAGGAUCUAGCAGAUGCACUCAGCCAGCCAGAAGAGUGAUGAUGCCCUCAGGUUCUGAAUUUGGAAAUCAGAGAAAUAAAGAACCAUUUGAGAACCCUGAAGAUGCAGUUUUACUUCGGGCAAUGGCAAGAUCUGUAAUGGAAUUUUCCUAUGUUGACUGGAACAAUGUAGCCACCUCUCAAGAGAGACGGCUUGAAAACAAAGCAGCAGCAGAAGCCUGUAAGAAGCUGACAGUCCAAUUUAGAUGAGUGUUUGCUUCCUGAAGACGAAAAAGUCACGCCUUUCUCCAGAGUGGAGAUAAGCCCCUUAAGUAAGUUACUGUCUCUAUAAAACAAGUACAUUAAAACAUGCACCUAAUUAAAUGAACUUCCAGCAAAAGAA